ACAAACUUUUCAAAUCGUCCAACUUUUUGGCCACACUGUUUUCUAAGCAGGCCAUUUUGCUCUCCAGAGCAUCAUUGGAAGAUCUGAUCAGUCUAUCGAUUCCCUUUUCUAUCGCGUUAUUAAUGUGUGCCUCGAUGCUCUCUCGCACACCAGCAAACGAAUCAGUGAUGGAUUUGAAUUUUUCCAUCUCCUUCUUCAUAUCACUAAUAAGCGAAAGAACAUCAUCCUUUGGCAUCACAUUAGCCAUCGCGGCACCUUCCAAGCAAUCAGCACAUUUAAACAAAAGCGCCGGUGUAUCUGAAACCCAACCGGCCAUGGCUCUCGUAAGCCCAGUACAGCGCUGGUGAUAGCCAUUCUCGCAAACUGAACAUGCAAUUCUAAUAUCCGAUAUGGUUAUUUUUUCAUUACACUUCACACAUUCACCCAUCAUUCAUGCACAAACCAAACCGGCCCGACACACAGCUGGGGGAGAAAUUAAAGCAAAGUGAACCAUGCAAAAACAAUAGACAAUGCAUUCAAUAUACCACGGUACGACGCCGCUUUGUUUGAGCGAUCGCCGCACGGCGAUCAUUGACACAAUUUACAUGGCCGUGACUUAGUGAGCGAUAUAUCAGUCUCGUUCAACUGAAUGAGUAAAAAAAGAUUAAACUGCGUUCUUAAUUUUCUUCUUGUGAGUUGAACUAAAUAAGGCAAUAUUUUUGGACAAUUAGUUGCUGCUAAUCAUAGUGGAUAUUCGUAGUACCGAUGGUCGCUCCGGAAGAAGUGGCACAGCACAACAAUUUGGAAACUACCGGAACAUUUGGAAAGCUAAAACAAACCUUAUCGUCUUCCCUCUUGACUGCCCAAGACAAAGUGAAUAAAAUGUCACCACGUUCUUCGCUAGUCCCUGAUACUGAAUCAGCAGUUGAAACCACCAUCAGUCAAGCGUUAGUCAACAAAAUUGAAUUUUCAAAACCAAUGGGUCGUACAGGGUCAUGCAGAAUUUGCUUGAAAGCUUUCAAUCCUGAUGAAUAUAGAAAAACAUGUGUCGAAUGUGACCAGAAAGUUUGUGAAGAUUGUGCUAGUUAUAGUAAACUGGAAGAAAUAGAGUCCACGGAAUCAUGGCGAUGCAGUGUUUGUCGUAGGAAAAUGGCCUCACGAGUUUGUAUUCCUCAGGAAUCAACUGAUUCUGCUUUGGAAAUUCCGGUUCUAGAAACAAUUCAACGGCGCCAUUCCGAUGUUAAACUUAUUUCGACACAAUGUUUGAGUAUCAUUAACGGUACUGCACUAGCUCCUCCUAGAAGUCCUGAGCUUCGCAGGCAUUCGGAUGUUUCCCCUGCAUCAUUGAAAGAACUUGAAAAACUGAAAAGUUCUAAGACAUCGGAUACAGAUUGGAAAAAAGGGUACAGUUCUAGUCCAAGUAGAUCUUCUAGUCCACCAAGGCGUUUGGAUCCGGAAACAGCCGCCUCAAGGAUUGCUUCAAGAAGGCCGUCUAUGAGGAUGACUCGACAACGAAGUUAUGAUGAGGAAAUUAAUGCUUCCAGUAAUGAAUCGAAACAUUUGGAAACAAAUCUUGGGCUUCCUGCUCCAAUGCCACGAAGGAAAUCAGCGUACGAUGUUUAUGCUCCAGGAAUUAUAGCAGUUGCUUUGCAAUCCACAUCCUUGAAAGAUUUGGAAGUUGCUAGUUCACGAAGGUCAUCUUUCAAAAUACCAAUUUCGGAUAACAAUUCAAACAAUGAAGAGACUGCGAGCUCUGAUCAUAUUAUUCAAUCGGCAUUGAAUGUAGAUGAGGAACGAAGGACUAAAAGAAGAGGAUCCCAAUUACCGGAUAUUGCAGCGAUCAGAAAUAAUCAAAAUAUUUCCAACAUUCCUCUUUAUCAAUGUCCUGCUCUUGAAGAUUUGGAAGCCCCUCGUCGUCAAACUUCUUUAGAUGGUGAGGCUAUCAAGAUUGUCAUUCAUGACGUUGAUUCGGGACCACUUUUUGCAUCGAAAAGAAGAGUCAUAUUGCAGAAGGAUCCAUCUGAUAAGGCUCACAGAACUCGCGGUUUUGGAAUGCGAGUUGUUGGUGGAAAAACAGGUACUGAUGGCAAACUUUUUGCGUACAUUGUAUGGACUGUCCCUGGUGGACCGGCAGAAAAAGGAGGUCUACAGCAGGGUGACAAGAUAUUAGAAUGGUGUGGAACAUCUCUAGUUGAUAGAAGCUUUGAAGAAGUAUGUGCAAUAAUGGAUAGAACUGAAGACAUAAUAGAAUUAGUAGUGGAGCAUGCAACAGAUUAUAGAAUGUGCGAUCUCUUAGAUGAUGGUACAUCAGGAAAUUCAAACAACCAAAUGAAGUCGAAUACAGAUUUUUCAAAUUUUAAUCUUAAUUCAGAUAUCGAAUCAGUUGCUGAUCGGUCGCCAUCAUCACCAACCAGACGGAAGCUUCCUAAAACUCCGGAACAGCUCUCUAAAGAAAAACAGGUCUCCGGUCGUGUUCAAAUACAAGUAUGGUACCAAGGAGAUAGGAAUGAACUUGUCGUAUCAUUGAUGGCCGCAGAUGGUUUGCAGCCUCGUGAUGAGUCACUUGGUUAUGGCGGAUUACCCGAAGCAUAUGCCUCUAUGGAAAUGUUUCCUAAAAUUAACGAAAUACACGCAAUGCAAACAGAGGUUUCGUCGCCUUCACUGAACCCUAUAUGGAAUGCUACAUUUAUUUACAGAGGAAUUUUAAGCAAUUCCUUAUUCGAUCGAUAUAUUGACGUCGCAUUAUACGAUUUACUUCCACAAUCCGAACCAAUUUUUUUGGGAGAAUGUAAAGUUUUUCUCCAAAAAGCAUUCCUAGAUGAUGUUGCCGUGUGGUACCGCCUCGAGGACCCAAGACAACUACGAGGGAUUCCUGCUAAAACACUUUUUACCUCUCCGAGAAAUUUCAUUUCAGGUGAUGUAACAAAACUAAUAAGAGGAUCUGACUAUCGGUUUCAUCGGUCAGUAUCGGACGAUACCGAAAGUAUCGGAGACGGAAGUUCUCUUCUACAUCCUGACCAUGCUUGGACUUGUAACCGGAGGGGUUCCUCACAAUCGGAAACAUUAGAAAUUGAAACUUACCAACUAGGGAAAGACUUUUCGAAGUCUUUGCCAGGUUCAAGACGAUCUUCAUUUCAAGAACAAGAGAACUAUAAAUCUGGAGAUAUAUCAUUGUCCUUUGGAUUUAAUCGGGAACGAAGACGGUCUUCCAUCGUGAAACACAGCCAAGAAGAAACUAAACAUGCUUUCAUUCAAACUAGAGGAGAAUUCACACGAACAAUGAGCUUAUCUCGUGAACUUGAACAAAGGAAGUCAAAGAGAACAUUUAAACAAAGCGUAUCGAUAAAGCACAACGAGAAAAUGGAACAAAUAAUUUCCUCCAACAUUAAGAAAGUAGAUAGUGCGCGGGACUUGCGUGAAGAUUGCAAUACUAAUGUGUACAUCAAUGGUUUAGGACCGGGUCAAAUACUACCAAAAGGUCAAAACCCCAAGGGGGUUGGAGAGCUUCAUUUAACAAUUUCAUUGCAACAAUCUUUAUUAGAGAUAAAGGUGAAUGCUGCAAGAAACUUAGUUCCCCUCGGCUCUGAUAUAACUCCCGAUACAUAUGUAAAAUGUUAUUUGAAGGACGGUGAGAAACUGAAACAUAAAAAGAAAACGCGAGCUGUACAAUAUCCGGAUCCACAUUACAAUCAAAUACUGAAGUACUCGGCAUCUGAGCUAUUUGGACGGACAUUGUUGGUAACUGUGUGGCAGAAAUCUGCAGGAUUCGAUCACAAUCAAAGUAUAGGUGGCGCUGAAUUAUUGUUCAACGCAUAUAAAAAGCAAAAUACAGUUGACUGGUGGUAUCCAUUGUUCCCAAUUGAAUACGUUAUAUCAAAUCCUAAUGAUUUUCCAUAGAUAUGUCAUACCAUGUAGUAUAAUAAUUUGCGAGGUGGAUUGUACUGUUAUUUGAUGUUUUAAAUACAAAAGAAAAACCAUG